GUAUUGCAUGAAUUUGGGCAUUUCAUUUUGGCGAGAAAAGCUGGUGUGACUGUGCAUGAGUUUUCUGUAUGGGGCCAAAGUUGUGGUCGUUUGGUAAGGAUAAACAUUGAACGGAAUUUGUGUUUCGUCUUUUGCCGUUGUGAUGAUAUAUUAGAAUUAAAUGAGAAUCGCCAUCAGAAGAUGUUAUCUAGAGUCACAAGGAUUUGUGUCUGGGAGUAUGAAGCUUGCGCCGGCUACCAUUAUAAGUGUAGAACAAAGCUCGCUUGCAGAACAAUUAUGAUUGAUGUCUUUGGAUUUUUGGGUGCAAUGAAAGCAGCAGCUCAUGAGGUAAAGGAACAAACGAGACUGACUAUUACUGGACUAGGAAAUCUGAUUACGCAGUCAACAAAAAGUGUUAAUAAGUUGUCUGGUCCUAUUGGUGCAGCAAAAAUUGGUGAAUAUGUGUUGGCAUCAGGAGGAUGGCGACAAUUUGUGAUGUUUGGUGGGUUGAUUUCUAUGGCUUUAGCAAUUUUUAAUUUAUUGCCUAUUCCUGCAUUGGAUGGAGGAAGAUUGCUAGGAGUUAUUAUACAAACUGUGUUUCGCUUGCCGUUGAAAAAAUAUUUUGAGAUUGAA